AUGGGUCCUCCCUCGGGCAUGCCAGACGCGGUCCAGGACUCUAGGAUCGAAACUUCUAUCCUCAAUGGAGGCAAGGAGUUUCAGCAUGUCAAGUUCUCUCUGGGAAGCAGCGUGAUGAGGAGGCGGUUGCGGAGCGAAGAGACGUGGAGCCCCAGACGCCUAUUGGGAAGAGGUUCCUUUGGCCAAGUGUGGCUGCAAGAGUGUGUGGCGGGCAAUCCGAGACGGGAGCUUCGUGCGGUUAAGGAGAUUAUGAAACACCAAAUGAAGACGUCUUACCUAUUUCGAGAACUCGAGACUAUCGCUAAGUUUUCCCAAGACAAGUAUGCGCAUUGCUUUGUUCGUUCCUCUGGCUGGUUUGAAAAUGAUUCAAGUUGGUUCAUUGCCAUGGAGUAUAUGCCCUACGGUGACCUUGACCAGGCGGUGAAAAAGCCUCUUCAAGAACCGGAAGCGCGUCAGAUCAUAUUUCAAACUGUGGAAGGAGUUUCCUUCAUGCAUGGUAGUGGCUUUGCCCACAGAGAUCUCAAACCAUCUAAUAUCAUGGUUUUUCGUCCUGGCCCCUCGUGGUGGGUCAAGAUUACAGAUUUUGGCAUCAGCAAGCGAACCAACGAUAUGGCGACAGGAACUCUAGAGAUUGGAACUGUAGCAUUCAUGGCACCCGAACUUCGUCAUAUGUAUGGCCCCGAAGAAGCUGAAACGGCGGGAGGGUAUCGUGAAUAUCCUAAUGCCGUGGACAUAUGGGCUAUUGGAGAAAUUACACACCGUCUCUUGACUCAGAAACCCCUAUUCGCAACUGGCCAACAGCUGUUUCAUUAUGUCGUCCGGGGGGCUUCCUUUCCGUCUGAAAAGCUCCGAAACUUUGGUUCUAGUAGGGACGCAAUCGACUUUGUGAUUCGAUGCAUGGAUGGCGCUCCAGCUAGAAGAUUGACGGCUCUUGAUGCAUUGAACCACCCGUGGCUGGCCAACCACGAAUUUAUUACAGAACCAGAGCACUUUGAGCCUUCCCAAAACCGUACCCACACCUACCAGGAGAAUAGCGAGCCAUCCCAGUCAUCAGCCCGGAGUGACGAACCAUCAGCGCGGUGGUCUGAUGCAAUGCCCUCUCAGCAAUCAUUUCUUGCCGAAGAGAACCAAACCGUUUAUUCAACUGCUUCAAGUGAACCAUCAGCAAAGUGGCCGUCGACGAUCGGUCCUCAACGUACUAUUCUUCCAAGCAACAACCCUUAUGGUACAAGCAUGGGUAACGAGCCAUCAGCGCGAUGGUCAGCCGCCUUACCUUCGCAACAGCACUAUCCUACUCAACAGAGCAUCGACUCUCACGAGACAAGAACUGUGAUACCGGUGGCCGAGCUUGAAGGCCCUAUCCCCUCCUUUCAAAGAUCCCCAUCGCCACCACCAUCCUUUGCCUCGCCAUCCGGAGACAAUAUCUUGCGGGAUCAGGAGUUGUUCCCUUGGACCGCUUCAGGAGGCGAAGGCCAGCGUACUCAGCGACCGCUUUCCCCUCUUCCAACAAUGAUGAAAGUAUCAGCAGCUCGAAAGCCUGACCCUUCUAUGUCCAGGAGUUCUGAGCACCGUAUUUCGCAAAACAGCAGUAAUACCAAUGUUGGAACCGAGUCCUACUCCAACGCGGGAACAGACUUGGUGCCAUGCCCUGUCCAACAGUGCCCUCACCACAAACAAGGCUUUGCCUCGGAAGGGCGCAUGAAGCGGCAUGUUAUCACCCAACAUCCUAACUACAAUAAGCCAAGACCUGAAUCCGAACCGGCUCGCAGGGCAUCAACGGGGUUCACUUGUCCCUUUCGAGAGUGCCGGCGUCAUACCGACGGCUUUGGUUCCGAGGAUCGUUUGAGACGUCACAUCGCAGGAGCCCAUGGUGAUCCAAAACCACGGGAAGCAGGUUUUCUUUGUCCAGUACAUUCUUGCCCUCACAAAUUCGAGCCGCUAUUCUCAUUGGCGCUUCUCAACCGCCAUAUUGACCAAGCUCAUCCUGGCGAAGCAAGGGAAAAUGUCACAACAGGCUGGCCGUGCCCUGUUCAAGACUGCGACUACAAAUAUCUCGGAAUUUCCACACCGUCGCUUCUUGUGGAACAUUUUGAGAAGGCCCACGGAGGAUCGAAAGGGCUCGUAAGAACAGAGUUCACCUGCGCCAUUGUCAGCUGCCCCUAUCACGCAAGAGGCUUUUCUUCCCUCAUUGACCUCAAUUACCACAUCGAGAGGUCUCAUUCCCACGAAUUGAGACUUGCAAAGAAAGGCGCCACUUGCCCUGUCCAAGGCUGCGACUAUCGAUACCGAGGCUUUUCCUCAGAAACACGUCUUUUGGGACACAUUGAUAAGGUCCAUGGAGCGCCUCAGGAGCCAGGGUCAUCCGGUUUCCCUUGCCCCAUCGCCACCUGCCCCUACCAAAUGAAGCCCUGUUCCUCAAUUGUUGGCCUUAAUUGUCACAUUGAAAUGUCUCAUGCUCACGAGCUGGUACUUGUAAAGAGAGGCCACCCUUGCCCUUUUCCAAGCUGCGAUUUCCGGUAUCAAGGGUUCUCCUCGCAAACACGCCUAGAGCGUCAUAUUAAAACUGCUCAUAAAGAUCAGAAAAGUUCGCAGGCAGAUAUAGAUAUUGCAAGUCAUACUUGUCCUGUUGAAACCUGCCGCCAUUACCACCAAGGUUUUGCUUCAGAAUCGCGACUGAAACGUCACAUUGACAAAGUCCAUUCGGGCCAGAGCAGCACAGGGAACCAGGAAGGUCCGCAACCAAAGCGGACUUGGAAAUGCCCCUCUCCCGGUUGUCCCUAUUCCUACCAAGGAUUUAAAAAUUCAGGAGAUCUUCAGCGUCAUUGUGCAAUUGUGCACUUUGUGAAAUAG